AUGGAGUUUUUAGGGAUGGAUUUCAGCUGCGUAAUUGGAUCUCUCCGUGACGGUAAAUUCCCUGAUAAAGACUGUUUGCUUCCACUAAUCUCCAAGCUUCUUGGUUAUGCCAUCGUUGCUGCCUCCACCACCGUCAAAGUCCCCCAGAUACUGAAAAUUUUGAAGCAUAAAAGUGUGAGAGGGCUUAGUGUUGUUGGGUUUGAGCUUGAAGUGAUUGGAUAUACCAUAGCCCUAGCUUAUUGUCUUCACAAGGGCCUUCCUUUUUCUGCUUAUGGCGAAUUGGCAUUUCUUUUGAUCCAAGCUAUAAUUUUAGUUGCUGUUAUCUACUACUUUUCUCAGCCUGUGCGUACUACGACAUGGAUCAGGGCAUUACUUUAUUGUGCUGUUGCACCAACUGUUUUAGCCGGUCAAAUUGAUCCGCUUCUUUUUGAAGCUCUCUAUGCAUCUCAACAUGCAAUUUUUCUCUUUGCUAGGAUUCCACAGAUAUGGGAGAACUUUUCUGUAAGUAGUGAUGGUAAUAAAAUGGGGGAGCAGUGGUGUUCGAGAUCAUAUGAUGGUGGUGCAGGUGGUGGCAAUGGAAAUGGGGUGGUGGUUGUGGUAGAGUUGGUUGAAGUGGUUAAGUGA